AUGGCUCAUGGCUUCCUUCUCUUCCUCUUAUUUUCUUGCAUUAUUUCUACAAAUAUUCAUGCCUGCAAACCAACUGAACGCAGCUCCCUCCUGUCCUUUGCCUCAACUCUAUCUUCUCUUCAUUUAAAUUGGACAUCUAUUGAUUGCUGUCGUUGGAAGGGCAUCAAGUGUAAUCAAGAUGGUUGGGUCACCCAUUUGCUCUUGCCUUCCAAAGGGCUCAAAGGAGGUAUCCCUUCUUCUUCACUUGGAAAUCUCACACAUCUCACCCACUUGAACUUUUCCCAUAAUUCACUAUAUGGUUCACUUAAUACUCAGUUCUUCAUGUCUUUGAAUCGACUCGAGUUCCUUGAUUUGAGCUAUAACCUUCUUUCUGAAGAGCUACCACUUUCUCUACCAUCUAGCAAUAUCCGGACAAUGGAUUUGUCCAGCAAUCACUUUCAUGGUGCAAUUCCACCUUCAUUCUUCCAACAAGCAAGCAACUUGACUAGUUUCAACGUCAGCAACAACACCUUGACAGGGUAUGUCCCAUCCUCUAUUUGUCUGAGACAUUCUUCUCCCUUCCUUAGGCUGUUGGAUUUUUCUUCCAAUGUAUUCAGUGGCAACCUUGCUCCUGGGCUAGGGAAGUGUUCCGAACUGCAAGUUUUUCGUGUCGGUCACAAUAACCUCUCAGGAUUACUUCCAGAAGAUAUCUAUAAUUGUACCAAACUUGAAGAAAUUGCAUUACCUCUCAAUUUUCUACAUGGCACCAUUAGUGAUAAAAUUGUCAACCUCACUAACCUCGCAAGCCUUGAUCUCUACUAUAAUCAUUUUGAUGGUGAGCUUCCUCUCAAUUUGGGGAAGCUAUCUAUGUUGAAGUUUUUGACCUUUGAUUUCAACAAUUUAGAAGGUGCUUUGCCCCCAUCUUUGAUGAAUUGCACAAACCUUGUAGAAUUGCGUUUGGGAUCCAACAAUUUGGAAGGAGAUAUCUCCAUGCUUGAUUUUUCCAGACUUAGUCAACUUACUAAACUUGACCUAAGGAGGAAUAACUUUACUGGUACAGUUCCAAGAAGUCUUUACUCGUGUAGGUCCGUAAAGGCCAUUGGAUUGUCUGGAAAUCUUCUAGAUGGACAAAUAGAAGCUGAGAUUCUUUCAUUGAAAUCCUUGUCCUUCCUCUCUCUUGGUUACAACCGAUUCACCAACCUCACAGGGGCAAUGAAGAUGUUGAUGAGUUGCAGAAGUCUUCACGCACUCAUGCUUGGUGGUUCCUUUGUGGGUGAGGGAAUGCCAAGUGAUGAUGACAUGGUUGAUUUUCAUGGAUUCCAAAAUCUUCGGUUAUUGAAUUUGGAUGAUUGUCAACUCACUGGUCAAAUACCUCUAUGGCUGUCAAAGCUUAGGAAUCUAGAGGUCUUGUUUCUGGCUUAUAAUCAAAUCACAGGGCCAAUUCCAAGUUGGUUGGGAACUCUUCCUAGACUUUUUUAUAUAAACUUGAAAGACAACCGAAUUUCAGGUGAAUUUCCAAAGGAACUUUGUAGACUACCAAGGUUGGUUUAUGAACCUAACAUUGCAUCUCAAGUAGAAGCUUUUGAAAUUGAAUUACCUCUCACCAUCGGCCAAAACUCAAAUCCAACUUUUCUACCCCAUAGAUUGGCUUACUUUGCAGCAUCGUUAGACCUAUCUAACAAUAACAUCAAUGGUCAUAUACCUGCUGAGAUCGGCCAAUUGCAGCUUCUCCGCAAGUUGGCUCUUAACUCUAACAACUUCUCCGGUAUCAUUCCAUACCAAAUAUCUAACCUAAAAAAUUUAGAGGUUUUUAACCUCUCCACGAAUCACUUGUCUGGAAUAAUCCCAUUAUCAUUGGCGAGCCUUAAUUUCUUAAAAGAAUUUGAUGUCUCAUACAAUAGCCUUGAAGGACCAAUACCAACAAGCACCCAGCUCCAAAGCUUCGAAGCUUCUGCGUUUGAGGGGAACCCAAAACUUUGUGGUGCGCCACUUCCAAAUAAGUGUAGACCAAAUAAGGGCAUUGAUGCAGAUAACAAGAACAACAAAGACGUGCACAAUGGGCUUCAUCAACUUCCAUGGUUUUAUAUGUUUACAGCAUUAGGGUUCAUAGUGGGAUUUUGGGGGGUUUGUGGUUGUUUAAUUAUCAACAAGACAUGGAGAUAUGCGUAUUUUCGAUUCAUAGACAAUGUACAAGAUAGGCUUUAUGUGAUGGUAACAGUGCGCAUCAACACGAUGAAAAGAAGGCUUAGAGGCUAG